AUGUCGUCUCCACCACCUAUGGAUUUUGCUACCUCAGAUCUUGAAGAUUCCGAAAUGCAGGAUGUCGCUGCGGGGAAAUCGAUGUCCCAGGCGCCCCCAGCGGAUCCUUUGUUCUUACUAUCUCCUGCAGGCACCCCAGCACGGCCAACACGCAACAGCAGUGCCCUCAACACACCUAUGCGCGGGAUCGUAGCUAGGAGAGCCAACAGGCGUGGAGAUAUCCAUUCGUCGCUCAGCCUCACGCCUAGUCGCCCGCCCGCUGCCCGACCGCGCACUAACAAUCUAAAUAACAACCUGUCCUCUGACGCGGAGCAUCUAUCAAUGCCACCUUCCUCUGCUCCUCAACUCUCUGCACCUGCGAUGCCCUCCGAAGAGCCUGACGAGAUCCGUGCUAUUUGGGGAACGACAGUUAAUUUAGCAGACACGAUGAAGACCUUCCGCGAUUUCUUGAAAGGGUUCAAACCCAAGUACCGUAUCGCGUAUAACCGGGAGAACGGUAUGAGAACGAAGACCUCUCUUGCGCCUGCAGAAGUCGAGGUGGUGUUAUACGAGACAUACAUGCGCCGGAUGCGACAGACCGGCGAAACCAACCUGAACCUGGAUAUGGUCAAUUUACUGGCAUACCCGCCAAGUCGUAAACUGCAUGGACAACUGGUGAAAUAUCCCCAGGAGGUGGUGCCUGCAAUGGACCAGGUAUUGAAGGAUCUGAUGUUAGAGACAGCAGAAGACGACCAACAGGCAGGGGUGGAGGGGAUGGCAGGGGAUGAAGGCGAGGAGGAGAUCGCGGAAAUUAUGGGCAGGGUGUACAAAGUGAGGCCAUUUGGCUUGCCAUCCGUCAACAUGCGAGAGCUGAAUCCUAGCGACACGGACAAACUCGUGUGCAUCAAGGGUCUAGUCAUUCGUGCUACGCCAGUCAUUCCUGACAUGAAAGUUGCCUUCUUCCGCUGCCUCACAUGUUCGCAUACAGUCCAGGUUGAAAUCGACCGAGGAAAGAUCGAUGAGCCCGCACAGUGCCCUCGGGACGUAUGUGCGUCGCCGGGAACGAUGUCUCUGGUACAUAACCGUUGCGAGUUUGCAGAUCGGCAGGUGAUUCGCCUGCAAGAAACGCCUGACGCGGUGCCAGAUGGCCAAACUCCGCACACGGUAUCGCUGAGUGUAUAUGACGAGCUGGUGGAUGUAUCAAAGCCUGGUGAUCGCCUCAAUGUCACUGGCAUCUUCCGGAGUGUUCCAGUCCGAAUCAAUUCGCGACAGCGCACUAUCAAGAGUUUGUUCAAAACAUUCUUGGACGUCGUGCAUAUGCGUCUAGGACACGAUGGGAGACUUGGUUUCGAUGAAUCUACUCGUCCUGCGGGAGGCGAUCGCGUGCCCGGUGUAGGUGGUGUGGGCGGAACCGAGGAAGAAGAGGAGCGGGAGGGCCGAAUCACGCUCAAGGCCGAGAUGAAGGAAAAGUUAAAAGAGCUCAGCGAGAGGCCAGACAUAUACGAGAUUCUGUCGAGGUCAUUGGCUCCUUCAGUUUGGUCCAUGGACGAUGUGAAAAAGGGAAUUCUCUUGCAACUAUUUGGUGGCACUAACAAGAGCAUUGCGCGAGGUGGUGGUGGCGGUGGGCCCAGAUAUCGCGGAGAUAUCAACGUCUUGCUUGUCGGUGACCCUGGUACAAGUAAAUCUCAAAUAUUACAGUACGUGCAUAAGCUGGCACCUCGUGGGGUAUACACGUCCGGGAAGGGCUCUUCCGCUGUCGGCUUGACUGCGUAUGUCACGAGGGAUCCUGAUUCGAAGCAGCUUGUGUUGGAAAGUGGUGCUCUCGUACUGAGUGAUGGCGGCGUUUGUUGUAUUGAUGAGUUCGACAAGAUGUCCGAUGCUACUCGUAGCGUAUUGCAUGAAGUCAUGGAACAACAAACGGUCUCCAUUGCGAAGGCUGGAAUCAUUACCACGCUCAAUGCUAGGACAUCUAUCCUAGCAGCAGCCAAUCCGGUUGGGUCUAAAUAUGAUGUGAAUCUGCCCAUCACACGCAACAUUGAUCUCCCUCCGACUCUGAUCUCGCGGUUCGACUUGCUGUAUCUGGUACUCGAUCAAGUAGACGAGACCCUCGAUCGAAGGUUGGCUCAACAUCUUGUGGGUCUGUAUCUCGAGGAUGUCCCAGAAACCGGCGGGCAGGAUAUUUUGCCUCUAGACAUCCUUGCAGCGUAUAUCACAUACGCACGCUCUCGAAUUAGCCCUGCCAUCUCUGAGGAAGCAUCAGAAGAGCUGGUCCGCUCCUACGUCAAGCUUCGAAGUGUUGGCGAAGACCCGCGAGGCGCAGAGAAGCGUAUCACUGCGACCACACGACAGCUGGAAAGUAUGAUUCGCCUCUCUGAAGCGCAUGCACGCAUGCGUUUCUCUUCGCUGGUCAUCCUCGAGGACGUGCAGGAGGCAUACCGCCUCAUGCGCGACGCGAUCCGCACGUCUGCUCUUGAUCCUACGACAGGCAAGAUCGACAUGGGCAUGCUCAGCACGGGCACCGGACAGCAGCAGCGGAAGAUGCGCGAGGACAUGCGGAAGGAGGUGCUCGCCUUACUCGGGGCUGUCCCAACGAUCCGCGGGAUCAAAUGGGCAGAUGCCAUGCAGCAGCUGAGCAGUCAGAGUAGCAUUCGGGUUGACGCAGCAGAGUUCAAGGAAGUCAUCAGUCGCAUGGAGGCAGAGGGGUUGGUCAAGGUCGUUGGGGAGCGAGACAGGAGGACGAUCAGAAAGGUAGAAGGGGCGUGAGGCUGUGAUAAUUGUAUCGAUUGGGUGUAUUGCUUCUUGUAUCGUGCCUUACUCUGUCAUCGUACGUAUCGCUCAAGUGUAUCAUGUAGACCCGCUG